GUAAAGAGAUAGCUUGGGUGUAUGAAUCGAUAGCAUCUUGGUAUUUCUGGCUGGACAUUUGAGCGUUUCCUUGUGCUUUGAGCGCAUCAGCCUUUUCUACAUCUUCUGGGGAUGCUUCUGCUGGUGUGGCAGGGGUUUCUGAUGGCGUGGCAAGACUGUGCUUGUUGAAGAUAUCAGCCAAACCAGCGUCUACGUCGAGUGCGGCUUUUUGGCUGUCGUCGACCUCGAAAACGUCCUCAAGUGAUUCAAUAGCGACGCUAAGGGAUUCCUGCUUAUCCUGACUUAAGGCAGAUUGCUCUGACUUGAGGAACUUGACGAUUGAAAAUAUUAACUUUUUAUUUUCCAUUGACUGUAGCGGAGGAAGUUCCUUUGACCGCUACGUCCAUCAUGACAAGAAUAUUAAAACCCCGUCAACUAAGCGAGUUAAAGAACUUUAUAGCGCUGGACGCUUCAUGGCACAUGCCAAACUCAGACCGCAACCCAGAGCAAGAAUACCUCCAGAAGCAUCUCCCAAAAGCUAGAAGAUGGAAUCUAGACAAGAUCGCUGCACCACACCCAAACGCUUUCGUUGGUCACAUGCUUCCUACGCCUGAAAUUUUUGCUCAAGCCUGCUCAAAUUUCGGCAUUGAAAGAAAUUCUCAAAUUUUGCUUUACGAUACAAUUGGUGUUUUCAGCGCACCAAGAGCAGCUUUCACCUUUAGAGCAAUGGGUCAUCCUCACGUCGCCGUCCUCGAUGGUGGCUUGCCUGCCUACGAACGCGAAGGUCUUCCUCUCGAAUCUGGAGAAGUCGCUGUUGAACCUACAGAAUACCCCGUACCAACAUUACAGGAGAAUUACAUUAAAGACCACAUCGAUAUCCUCAAUACCAUCAAAGGCGACAAUAAGGCAACGAUCUUGGAUGCACGUCCUAAACCCCGCUUUACGGGUGAAGCACCCGAGCCUCGUCCAGGUCUUUCAUCUGGCCAUAUGCCAGGUGCUUUCUCGCUUGCUUUCCCUCAACUCCUUACUCAGCAAGGUCAGUUCAAGUCAGCUGACGAGAUCAAAGCUGUUUUCGAGAAUACCCUCGGUAGAGACCAACUUGAAAGCAUCCUUGCGGGCAGACAAAAUGUUAUUACCAGCUGCGGUUCUGGUAUGACUGCUGCUAUUGUCGGUUUGGCUCUCGAAAUUAUCGGCGGCCAUAGCGCAAUUUACGACGAAAGCUGGACUGGAUAUGCUCAACGUGGCAACUCUCCAAUAGUUAAAGAUUAAUGAUACAAUGAGUAAGUCUACUCGAAACAUCAUGUGGAAAGGAUGAAAAGUUAUUAUGUAUCUUGAUGCCCUUCUGGGGUAGAUGAUAGGUAUUUGUAUUAGCUCUAACUGAUCACUCAUUUGAUGUUUUCACAUUGAUUCAACUAACAAUAGACGUAGUGUGAGUUAAAAAAAUGACUCAGCCCAAAUCAGAAAGAUGAAAUUUAUUUUUUUUACAUGGAUCCACGUUCUGUGGAACUGAAAGAAACAAGUAUUAGCUCUAGCUGAUAUGAUUUGGGCAUAUAAUCAACUCCUAACUGACACGAUUUUUUUCAGAUGAUGAUACAAAGUGAUAUCCAAAAACACAUCGAUAAACCCACAAAUGUGAGUUAAUAUUAACACGACGUGGAGACAUCAACAAUAGUAUAAAUGAUGGUUUUGUGAACAAUCUCUGCAACCACAUGAAGUCAACCUUUUAUAACGCUUAUAUCACUGAUCUACUAUUGUUGUUGUCUAGCGUCUCUUAUGAUGAUAGAAUUGACAUAUAACAGG